AUGUCUCAGUCAUCCAAACCCUCCUCUCUCAAGACUGCAUCUGACUCUGACCCAAGAACUCCAAAUAUCAACCCUAAUGAAGUUCUUGUUGUUGCUUCCUUAAGAAUGGUGUCCACUGAAAAUCUUCGUGUGACGAAGCCUCGCUCUCCACAUGCAAGAAGACCAAAAGAAGCUGUACAUGGAAAGACCUCUAACCCCUCCUCGUCUAUUGAUCUUGAGAACCUGACAAAGGAAGGAUCGCAUUAUACUCAUCAGACUAUUGCGCAAAUAGUCACUAAAAUCUUGGAUGAACAACGUCAAGUUCCUGGGAUUUCUGUACCUCUACAGACUGUUAUCCCUGACUCCACUCAGAACCCUAAUCCAAAUAUUGCUCAAGAAGAUCAAGGUGUGAGUAUGGAUGCUGAUGAGGUCCAUGAGACGAAUAAUGAUGAUGUUCAGGUGAUUGAUGAAGAAAAAAAUGUUGAAGUUGCUGAUGUUGCUAAGGAUGUCACUGACACCACUGAGGAUGGUCCCAAUGUUGAUUCAGGUAAAAAUGUUGUUGAUCUUGAUGAAUUCUCUGAUAAUGAUCUGGUUGCAAAUGUAAAUCUCAGCGUAGCAAAAAGGCUCAUGAUCAGGAAGGGUAAGAAAGUAGUUGAUCAGAGUCCUCCCAAGAGGAGAGUACCAAAGAAUACUUCAACUGGACCCAUCAGAAGUAAAGUUGUGUCCAAGAGUGCCUCCGCUGGCCCUAGUAAGAGUAAGACUGUAUCUCAAAGUGUUCCUGUUGGACCUUCAAAGUCUUGGAGCAAGGUUAUUCCAAAGAAGAGGAAAGCUCAGGUCAUGGACAACUCUGAUUCUGAUGUUGAAGUUGAUGUUCUAGACAUUCCACGAAAGAAGAGGCCUACUUCCAGCAAGCUUGUUGCUAAAGUCCCUGAUGUACCCAUAGACAAUAUUUCCUUCCAUUAUACUUCAAGUGUCAACAGGUGGAAAUAUAUCUACCAAAAGAGACUGGCCCUUAAGAGAGAAUUAGCUUAG